GAAGAAAGAAAAAGAAUACUUCACAUUUACAUCGUAUAUUGUAUAUAUACAUUGUAUAUAUACUUAAUAUAAAUACACCCGAGUUAAAUGCAAGAUCUUUCGUGAGGACUCUCAGGCCACGGCAGAGAGAAAGGCAGAGCCAUCACCCCAGUCAGCUCCUCACGGGUUUCACUUGCCUCCCAACUCCCAUUGCCACCAAUCUUCGAGCUCCCUUGCAGCCUGCAAGUGGGUGGGUUCAGAGUCAGCUCUUCUGGGUUGGCGGAAGAUCAGAAUCACCUUUGACAAUGGAUUCUUGCUGUGUGGGCUUAAGGGCUCGUACUCAUUUGCCUCGAGCUAGCACGGGCGUCAAAAAUGGCGGUGUCGGGUUGUUGGGGGAGAGAGUCAGAGGCAGCUUGAAUCAGAGCGUUUGGGUUGAUCAGGUUGCAAGGAGUCUGAGAGAUGAUGAGAGUGGUCGAGCCAAGAGGAAGAUCAAGCCCGGUGCUGCUUCUGCCAUUAUCACCUCGAAUAACUCUCCCGAGACACUGACUGUGAAGGCUCCGGUAUUUCCUAGACAGAGAGCAGACCCGAAAAAUGUGGCUUCGAUCAUAUUAGGAGGAGGUGCGGGGACUCAUCUGUUUCCGCUCACAAGAAGAGCUGCAACACCUGCUGUCCCAGUAGGUGGGUGCUACAGGCUCAUAGACAUCCCGAUGAGCAAUUGUAUCAACAGUGGAAUCAACAAGAUAUGCGUGCUGACCCAGUUCAACUCUGCUUCUCUCAAUCGCCAUAUCGCCCGCACUUACUUUGGGAAUGGCAUCAACUUUGGAGAUGGAUUUGUGGAGGUUUUGGCAGCCACUCAGACGUCGGGAGAAACAGGAAAGCAAUGGUUUCAAGGAACAGCUGAUGCUGUUAGGCAAUUCAUAUGGGUUUUUGAGGAUGCCAAAAACAGGAACGUUGAGAACAUUCUGAUUUUGGCUGGGGAUCAGCUGUACCGAAUGGAUUAUAUGGACUUUGUACAGAAUCAUAUAGACCGAAAUGCAGAGAUAUCUGUAUCAUGUGCUCCAGUCGGUGAAAGCCGUGCAUCAGAUUACGGAUUGGUGAAGAUUGACAGCAGAGGUCGAAUCAUCCAGUUUUCUGAGAAGCCAAAGGGUGAUAAUCAGAAAGCUAUGCGAGUAGAUACCACAACGAUCGGAUUGCCUCCGCAUGAAGCUGCUAGAUCUCCUUAUAUUGCUUCAAUGGGAGUCUACAUCUUCAAGACGGAUACCUUGUUAAAUAUGCUGAAAUGGAGGUACCCUACAUCCAACGACUUUGGAUCUGAGAUCAUCCCUGCAGCUGUGCUGGAACAUGAUGUUCAGGCUUACAUCUUUCGGGAUUACUGGGAGGACAUCGGGACCAUCAAGUCCUUCUAUGAUGCUAACUUGGCUCUUACCGAAGAGGUUCCGAAAUUCGAAUUCUACGACCCAAAAACGCCUUUCUACACAUCUCCGCGUUUUUUGCCACCAACAAAAAUGGAAAGAUGCCACAUAAAGGAUGCAAUAAUCUCACACGGUUGUUUCUUACGAGAAUGUACUGUGGAACACUCCAUUGUCGGUGAAAGGUCCCGCUUAGACUAUGGUGUUGAGCUGAAGGAUACCAUAAUGAUGGGUGCAGACUAUUAUCAGACUGAGUCAGAAAUUGCCUCUCUGCUUGCCGAAGGGAAGAUUCCGAUUGGGAUUGGGCAGAAUACAAAGAUCAAGAAUUGCAUAAUUGAUAAGAACGUAAAAAUUGGAAAAGACGUGGUCAUCCACAACAAAGAUGGUGUUCAAGAAGCGGACAGGUCAGAGGAUGGAUUUUACAUCCGAUUGGGAAUCACGGUCAUCCUGGAGAAGGCAACAAUAGAAGACGGGAUGGUCAUAUAAAGGGCCUCUUGCUAUAUUGAAGACAGGCGGAGGAGGAGCUUUUUUGGGGGAGAGUGCGAUGCCUCGGAGCAAUUCCAUUGGAACACCAGAAGAAAACGAGGUACUGUCCUGUGAUUAUCCAGUAGCCGGGAUCUAAUCUCGAGUUCUUACUAUAUUAUUACAGGGAAAAAGGUAUGAUAAUCACUAUAUUGUACGAUAUGUAGAGUAGAAUUUUGUUAUGUUCAUGUACCAUAUGACGCUAUUACGGUGGAGACAUCAAGAGAGGGGGCUGAUUAUAGUCUGUUAAUGAUCAGUUUCGGAAUAAUGAGUCCCGGCAUGUUGCCGGUUGUUACCGGGCUUUUAAAUGAGAAUGCUGCUGGAGGCAGAUCUGAGCACUUCGUCGGAAGUAAUAUGUAUUAGAACUUAAUCGGAAAGUGAUAAUCCCGGAACUGUCCAAUGCAUUGUGGUACUGGUUACAAUACAAUGUGGUAUCUUUGGAUUUUA